AUGGCUACUGCUGAAGGUCCUGCAAGGGUGCACGACCGAAAUGCACGUCGUCGCCCGUUCUCAAGCUGGAUGAAGCGCCUGGCGAACCUCAAAAGCUCCUCCGAUUCGACAUCCAACCGCUGGUCCAACAAGCGCCAUAUAAAUAAUAAGGGCAAGAAGAGCGACCAAGGCAACAAUCCAUACCCUCUCUCUGGAACCAUCAAUCGUCACCCAGGAAACCAAACACCCACCGACUCGUACACAGAUCAAAACUAUGGCUCAGAGUGUCGCUCACGAAGUGGAUCUUCUAUGGUCCUAUCGAAUUACGAUAACCCGGCUCCUAUGACCAGUGCGAAAUCGAAUGCGCCGACUAUUUCGACGAACGUACCCAUGGAGGGGGAGGGUAGCACUUUUUCAUCGCCGGCGCCCUCGGUUCGAUCGUUGACAACUACCCUGACGACCGUGCACUCGGCGGCGCCCUCGACUCAGUUGUACAACACACAGAACAAUCACCAUGGACACCACAAUGGCAGCUCAACAAAUGGGUCUACGAACCAGCAAGUUCAAUUCUCUCAUCAGUUUCCCUCAACCUCGUCGCCGGCCACCGCGGUCCCUUCACACUUGGUUCCCCACCAUUCUAUGACCUACAGCACCGCAACUGCCAACAAUGUUUUGACUGAUAAUGCUUCUCUCCUCACCCUCGCGAGCUCUUCUAAGCGACGCCGCCGCAACUCUCUCGAUACCAAUGCAUCUGUGCGUGCGUUGGCUCCGUCCUCAGUAUUCGGCGGUAGCCGCGAAAGCCUGCCACUGAGUGUUUUGAGUGGGAACACAAACGAAGCAUCCAACACAUCUGUUUUCAAUGCUUCCGGUGUCCUUAGUCGACCAAGCAUUGUUGGACUUGCUAGCGCAGAGCGCAUCAGUGUUUAUUCGUCCUCCGGGGCUACCCAACUAGCUACCAGCGCCGAGCGGACUGGCUUUUACACUACCAAACAAACGGCCAGCGGUGACGGAGCCAGCAUUCGCAGUGGUGUGCAAUCGCACAGUCGAAACGACAGUACUGCUGCCAGCAUCGUAGGUGGUGUUAGCUCUCCAUUAGCCCUUACUGGUCGCAUGAGCCGCAGAAGCUCCGGCUGGGGAGAAAUUACUGGUGAAGAGGACAACAACGAGGAUAAGCGGACUGAAAUGAAGGAGGAAGAGGAACCGGCGACCGAAGAUGAGAAUGGCUCUGAUGAGCCACCGAAGGAAUGA